AUACACCGAAGGGAUAUGAAACGAUGAACACACAGUUUAAUAAAGAUACAGUAGAAGAAAUGAACGAGGAUGAUGACGAAGACGAGGAAGAAACGAGGGAGAGAGAGGAAGAUGAUGGCGAUGAUGAAGGGUUUUUAGUGCUGUCGGAGCUACCCGUAGAGAAGAGCGAGAGACGCCCGACCUGCCGCCGAUGCUGUCGUCCGCUGAAGGUGUGUCUGUGUCCGUAUCUCCCGCCGUGUCCUCUAGACGUCUCCACGUGUCUCUACAUCGUGCAGCAUCCGGCUGAGGAGAGUCGGGUUCUGCGCACGGUUCCGCUCCUGGCAGCGUGUCUCCCGCCGGGAAAGUGCCGUGUUUUCAUCGGGAGGCGUUUCUCUGAAGAGAGGUAUCCGGAGCUGGCGGCUGUGUGUAAAGACGCUCACACGCUGCUGCUGUAUCCCGGAGCCGCUGCAGAGAAUCUGGAGGAUCUGAGCACUGAUUUCACCUCGACGGCCCACAGCGUGAUCCUGAUCGACGGCACCUGGAGUCAGGCUAAAGACAUGUUCCUGAGGAACGCACUGCUGCGGCUGCCCAGACAGGUGCAGCUCCGCAGCGCCCCCUCCAGUCAGUACGUGAUCCGCACGCAGCCCACCAACAUGUGUGUGUCGACACUGGAGUGUGCAGCCGCUGCGCUCUCCAUCAUGGAGAAGAACCACAGCAUUCAGGAGGUUCUUCUCAAACCUCUUCAGGCCCUGUGCUCCUUCCAGCUGCAACACGGCGCUCAGAUCCACCACAGCAAAGAGCAUCUCAUCAAAAACGGACAGUACAACAAGAUCAUGCCCAAAAACAAGCGCAAGAUUCGCCGGAUGCAGAAACUCCUCACCAACCAGAAUAUAUGAGACGACUGCAUAUUUU